CUGGUCGGGAUGGCAUUUUCCUCCCUUCUCCUUUGUUGUGUGCCUUUACAACAAGCAAUAAAGCAAGCAAUACAGCAAAUUUUCCUUUAGUUCUCCUUUCCUUGAUCGAGCCUGAGGGGAGGGAGUGCUGUCGUCUGCUUCAAACAUAGACCUGCUAGGCUGGAGCGCAUUAUACGACCUAUGUUGAAGAUAUUUAAAGCUGGAGGACGAUACACGACGGUAGAGGGUCGAUGCAGCUUAGCUUGAAGAGGCAUUAGUGGGACUCGAGAGGACUCAAGGACCAGCGAGGGAUGCAGCGAGCAGCCUCCAGAGCCUGCACUGUGCCCCUGUGAAGCAAAGGCAGCCAGAUACUGCUCUGUCUCAAACGUGAAAGAAGAUAAUAUAUAGCAGCUGCUGCGUCUCCCAUAAGGACACUGAGUAUCAUAAGAGGAUGAAACCAAGUACGAUAUCAGACAUGGAUAAGGAAGAAGAGGAAGAAGAAGAAGAAGAAGAAGGAGAAGAAGGGGAAGAAGGAGAAGAAGAAGAAGAAGAAGAAGAAGAAGAAGAAGAAGAAGAAGAAGAUGAAGAAGAAGAAGAAGAAAGACAUUGCAAAGAAGAAGCUGCUUCAAGUGAAGAAAACACUGAAAACUCAGACAAAGAAAUUGAUGUUGAAGUACUCAAAGAAAAUUCUGAAAACAGCACGACAGAAGUGGGAAAUGAGUCCACUGGAGUUAAACCAAGAAGCAUUAUGGACACUGUGAAUGACUACCUGGAGAGCAUAUUCUCAACAGAAGAGGAACACGAUGAAGAGAUUGAGGAGGAGCUCACAGCCAUGUACUGUCUGCUAUGGAGGAUCCUGAGUGCCACUGUGGGCAUCAUUGUCAUAGUGGUCACCCUCACCAAGUACCCACAGUACCUUAAUACUCUGCUCGAAAACAAACUUUGGUUUUCAAAUAUUAAGGAAGUUGAACGAGAAAUAUCUUUCCGCACAGAACAAGGUCUGUACUACUCUUACUUCAAGCAGCUGAUCAGCGCUCCAACUUGGAUGGAGGGGUAUCGUCAGUUGCUUCAAGAUAAUGCAACAGAGCAUGGCCGCACCAUUAAUAUAAUUCACCGGUUCAAUAUUCUACCAGAAAUGAUCAUCAGUUAUUUGUACAGGUGGUUGUCUCCUGAAACAGCUCCAAGCAUGUUCUAUGUGUCAAAUGUGUUUUAUUUACAUGGUGUAUAUGGAGCUACACUAUACAUAACUGCUUGGCUUCUGAGUGACUCUGUGUUUGCUGGGAUGAUAGCAGUAACCCUCUUCAUUGUCCACAGGGUUGAUGCCACACGAGUCAACUAUGCCAUUCCAUUAAGAGAAAGUUUUGCUGUUCCUGUCUUGUUUCUUCAGUUACUUUUCACAUGCAUGUACAUCAGAUCACAGAACUGGCAGAAACUCAAGCUGGGAAUAAUCAUGUUGCUAACAGUGAUAUUCCUAUUGAGUUGGCAGUUUGCUCCAUUUGUUCUUCUCUGCCAACUUUUUUGUUUAAUGAUUCUUAGCAGGUUUCUGCUACUUCCAUCAUUUAAGGUGAGUGUGAUGGUGGCCCUGGUGGGCAUCAGUCUGGUGGUCACCUGUAUUGUUCAGAAGAGUCCGCCCCUCCUGGUGUCCUCCCCAGCAAUGUCCAUGGUGGUGCCUGCCUUUGUCAUCAGUGCCACACCUUCAGAUGGCAGCCUAGGAGGCUUUUUGAGAUUUACAAUUGCUGCAGCUGAGAUGUCCUUGGUUCUUCUGGCCACCAUCCUCAUUAGUGGUGCUAUAAAAAUUUUUAUGAACAUAGACGCAGAUUCUCACGUUUACCAACUUCUCCUCUCCAAACUUCAAAUGGGAGAUCCACGAGACUUUGACUCCCAGCUCUACAUGUGCACUGAGGCCUUUGACUACAUGGACCUAGAGACAGUGAGCAGACUGUGUGAGAGUGGACUCCUUGUUGUCUAUGGCACUGGGAUCAUCAUAUACUGUAUAUCUACUCUGAGAUUGUUCCUUAGCAAUGCCUCAGUAGUAGCAGAGAAUUCAGAGACAGAGAAAUUCUUUAAAAGUAUUCAUGAAAUGGAUUUCCAAGCUUCUAAUAUUGCUUCAGAAAUGUAUUUAUACAAUCAGUAUGGAAGAUUAGAAGAAGCAACAAAAAUUAUUGACCAGAACAAGGAGGCAUUUUCAAAUAUGACAUAUGAAGAGGAGGCUGAUGGCUUACAUAUAAGAAGUAAAGAUGCUGUAGCACAGAGUGGCUGUGACAGCUCUCCUCACUCCCUCACAGAACAGGUCAUACAAGGAAGGCCUGACCUAGUGUUCUAUGUAGCAAUGUCUGUGAUCUGGACUGUCUUGGCUGCACUCAUCCUGCGCCUGAAGGUCCUGUGGAUGCCCACUGUGUGUGUCAUUGCUGGGGUGGUGAUGGCUGACAGCCGGGUGUGUCUGGCUCUCACUCAGCUGCCAGGGAUGCGGGCCGUGCGCUUUCCACACUGGUUUCCUGGAGGCCUUAAAAUCGUCAUUGCCUCAAGCUACCUUGUUUAUCUUGCACACAAUUUCUGGAGCCAAUUUUCCUCUGAAAUCUGGCCUGAAGAAAUGUAUGAGUUUUGGGAUCCUGACACAGUGGAGCUGAUGGAAUGGAUCCAGUCACACACCCCACCCACAGCCGUGUUUGCCGGGUCCAUGCAGCUGCUGGCGGGUGUGAAGCUGUGCACUGGCCGUCACAUCACCAACCACCCUCACUAUGAAGACUCUUGGCUCAGACGCCGCACCCAUCAGGUGUACAAGGUCUAUGGAUGUGAGUCUCCAGAGACUGUUUACAAUAUCCUGAAGUCCAUUGGUGCCACUCACAUUAUCCUGGAGGACAGCAUCUGUUUGGCUCCUCCUGAUCCCAAACACCCUCAGUGCAGACUGGUAGACAUCAUGGAUCUUCAUAGUGGUCAUUUGCCAGAGGAAGGAGUGAAGAGCAUCCCUGGACUACAGGUGCCCCAACACAGGCGGUUCUGUGAUGCAGUGCGCCGUAGAACAAAGGAGUACAGCAAGUUUUUCUCCCUUAUGAUGAGCAACAAGACCUUCAGAGUUUACAGCUUGAUAGGAACAUAACAGUUGAUAAUAAAUGGUGGAAAGAGCCAUCUGGAUUAGUUUUAUGUAGCUAUGUAUAUUCAAACAUUUUAGUUAUAUGUAAAAACAGUAUACCUGUUUGUUUUAUGUAUACUCUGCUUCUAAAAAUGUAUAUUAUUAUAUUUUGGUUGUACAUUUAUGAAUAAGUUUUAGUUUCUUCACAUUAUGGGAAGACAUGGUGGAAAUAUCAUUCAAGUUGUAUAUUUUCAAAUUUUAUUCAUAAACAUUCUUAUAACAUUUAACUAACAAAAAUAUUUGGAGACCAUACAGAUAGUAGUAGUAAGUUUGCCCCCAAAAAUAAUAGAAUAUGUUCGUCAUGGUUUGUGCGUAACAUGGCAUUGUCAUUUUAGAGAAAAUUAUUUACUUCCUUGAGUACUCUUUGUCAUGGAGCACAGAUUUGUGGACUUGGCAAUUUUCAUUGAAUUGUGAUGUAAUCAUGGAAGAUUCUUGUGUCCUCGUGUAAUGAAGAAAAUACCCUCAUGAUGCUGACUGACAUGGGUUGCAAACAUUCCAUUGUAUGCAGUUCACAGUAGCAACCCUCCACAAGAGCAUGAAUUCUAAUACUAUUAAGGUUUUAGCAACUUAAGUAGGUGGCUGCAGGAGAUGCAGCUACCUUGACUCAUAGUUAUUAUGGCACUCCUGAUCUCAUUCCUGUCUAGGUACCAUCCAAUUAGACUGUUGGUCUACAAACAUAUUUUGAUGCUACUCAUUAUGGAUUAAUCUAUUCUUACAACCACAUGGAAGGGCUCCUGAUCAUUCUGGAGACAGAGUGGCACCUUACUCUGAAAAAAAAACAUGAACUAGACUCUCUCAGGAAGGAUGUUCCCAAAUUGUAACAUUACAUCUUUGUCUUUGCAACUCUUAGGUCUGAACAUUUUCUGCUUAUCUUUCAGUAAUCAUAAAUUUUGCAAGUACCAGCUUUCAUCUUUAUCUUCAGUCUUGUUGCAGACUCCUACAAUUUCAGCAAGAGGGCUUUUUUCAAUCUCAAUAUCUCUUGUGCCCUUUUCUAUGAAGCAUGAAAGUGCUGUAUGGCAGUUAUGAAAUGUCUAUCACUGGUUUCCUGUGUCAUAUACAAUCAAUUAUGCCUUAGGCAUACUCAGUAGUGAUCAUUCAGUCUGUACCAGUUUGUUUUUCACAAUGGACAUAUGGGCCAACAUUUUUGCCUGGCACAAACAUUGUAAGCCAACAUUUCAACUGUAAUGGGUGGUGGAAAAACCCUCGAGAAGAAACCUUGAGAAGACGUCCAGUGUACCAUCAUUUCUACCACCAUGUAACAUUAUGCAUUUAGAAAUUACUGUGCACAUAUGUAAAUGCAUUUAAAUCAUUGCAUUAGAACAUUACUUAUCACAUAAUGAGCAGUCUAAAUGUCUAUGCAAUACACUGAUUUAAAAGCUAAUCAAUGAAUAAAAUGGCAGCUAAGAUGAUUUGCUCAUUUUCAGAAAAUGGGUGAGAUGAUAAUUAAAGUAUUCUAGUGAGCAUCGUCCAAACAAAACUAGUAAUUUAUCAAAAAUACUUUGUAAAGAUUUUUUGUGUGCGUGUGUGUAUGGAAUUGUUGGAUUACACUGAUAUAUAUUUUAUUAGACAAGUUUUUUUUCCAGAAAAAUACAUUUUACCUUUUCUCAAUCUGUAGAAUGUAUAAUUACUGAACACACACCAGUUACCUGAGUAUGAUGACUAACUCACCAGGUAACUGUAACAUGAUGAGCCUGAGUGCCCCUUCUGACCAGUUAUGGGCAUACUGUUACUCUGUAGAUGAUGUCAUAAAGCUCACUGGUCAUUGGAUAAAAAUGUUAACAAAUUAUUUAUCCAGAGUAAGACAGGUAACAGUAUGACUAUUUACUGGUGUGUUCUGAAUUCCAUACCUUAAAUUUACUAAGUGAUAAUUAUGUAUUGAUAACUGCAUAUAGUCAAAUCUACAUAAUGUGUUGAAGGACAUACUUCUGUAUUUUUACAAACAUUUAUUAAAAAUUGGUUACAUGU